CUGGAAUUAAAGAGCAGAAGAAGAAAAAGUCAUGUUAGGAAAAUCUACCCAUAGUGCCAUGCAGCUUUAGGAAUGAAUGAUGGCAAACAAUAUACUUGCAAAUAUUCCAAAUUUUGAGUGUCCCUCGUGGGCAGGUAAACCUCCACCUGGGCUGCAUUUGGACGUGGUAAAAGGAGACAAACUGAUUGAGAAACUGAUCAUCGAUGAAAAAAAGUUCUACUUGUUUGGGAGAAACCCAGACCUUUGUGACUUCACAAUUGAUCACCAGUCAUGUUCUCGUGUCCAUGCUGCACUGGUCUACCACAAACACCUAAAGAGGCUUUUUCUCAUUGACCUCAACAGCACACAUGGCACGUUUCUUGGACACAUUCGCCUUGAGCCCCACAAGCCUCAGCAGGUUCCUAUUGACUCCACUAUGUCUUUUGGUGCCUCCACACGUGUGUACACCAUCCGAGAGAAACCGCAAAGCCAGGCUAAUGUAAGUGCAGGAGACAAAACAGGAGACGACGAGGAACUGAAGGGGCUGCUGGGACUUCCUGAGGAGGAAACUGAGCUAGAGAAUUUGACCGAGUUCAACACUGCACACAAUAAGCGCAUCUCCACUCUGACCAUAGAGGAGGGCAAUCUGGAUAUCCAGAGGCCCAAGAGGAGAAGGAAAAGUUCCAGAGUGAGCUUUAAUGAAGAUGAGGAGAUUAUCAAUCCAGAGGAUGUUGACCCGUCUGUUGGACGCUUUCGAAACAUGGUGCAGACUGCUGUUGUUCCUUUAAAGAAGAAAAAAAUGGAGAGUGGAAAUGUUUUAGGGAUUGAGGACACAGUCGCACAUCAUGUACACAGUUUCCCCAUGAAAGGUGGGCUCUAUGGAGAUCUUCCACCUGCCGGCCAUGAGGCUCAUGCUGCAGGUGGCACCAUGCUGGGUGGACUCCCACUACCAAACCCUGCUCCAGAGGUGGACUUGGCCCCAGGGCCUCCUCUGCCACCUGUUACACUCAAUCCCACUCCUGUCUCAGGCCCUUAUGCUCCAGAAGGGCUCAGCGAACCCCGCAAGAAGAAGUAUGCCAAGGAGGCCUGGCCUGGAAAAAAGCCCACUCCAUCUUUACUUCUCUAGCUGCUGGUUAAUCUGGACAAUGGCGGUCUCUUGACAGUGUGGAGUUUUUAUGGAUAGAUUGUGAUUUUUACUUAUAUUUUCCUCUUUAUAUGAGUCCCUUAAAAGGCAUUCCGUUGAGGCUUUAGAAAGUAAAAACAUUGGGAAAGUCUGAGAUAUGAAAUGUUUAUUUAACGCAUGACCUAGGAAGUGAUUUUUCAAACAAAUGUUAGACGCUAGAUGGCAGAAGGCCCGUAUGAGACAUAAUGGUUCUUAAAGAGCUUUACAAUAAUGUCCCCUCCUACUGAACGUCAAAAUCAUUUUUACAAAAAACCUUGCAGAGAUCUCGUUUGUUUUACAUACGUAAUGUUUUCUGGUAUUUUUUUGCUUUUGUAUCUAAAAAACAGUCAGUAAACCUUAAUUAUUUUUA